CAAACAAAAGAAACCAAAGCAAAGCCCAGCAGCUGCUCGGAGUUUACGUUGAAGUGUCAAUAAACAAUAAACACACAGUGUGCGUGAAAACAGGAUUAUUUAAAGGACACUGACGAGCGGACUUCGGCUCUUCUUCACCUCCGCUUGGGAAAAAAAGAAAAGAAAUGGAGAUGAUAGCACAACAUUAGCCAAACAUCAGGAUUUUAUGUUUUUAUUUUAUUUUGCAGGCUUUUCUUUAGUGUUUUUUUUAUUUUUAAAUUUUUUUUUUUUUUGAGUAAUAAUGAAGGGCUCCCAUUUUUCUAUGUCGAGGAGGAGGAGGAGCAGCAGCGGGGCGGCCGGGCUGCUGUACCCGCUGCUCGGUGCGUGUCUCUGGGCUGCGGUGGUCGGGUACAAGCCGGUGAUCAUAGUGCACGGUUUGUUCGACAGCUCAGGGGAUUUUAAAAACUUACAGCGGUUCAUUAACGAGUCUCAUCCUGGAACAAAUGUGACGGUCAUCGACUUGUUCGACAGGAGUGCCAGCCUGCAGCCCAUGUGGAAGCAGGUGGAGGGAUUCAAGGCAGCUAUUUACCCAAUAAUGCAAAAUGCCGCAGACGGGGUCCACUUUAUCUGCUACUCACAAGGUGGGCUGGUUUGCAGAGGAAUCCUCUCCACUCUGUCUGACCACAACGUUCAAUCUUUUAUCUCUCUGUCUUCGCCUCAGGCCGGGCAAUAUGGAGACACAGACUACCUGAAGUACCUCUUCCCACAGUUUGUGAAGUCCAACCUCUACCACCUCUGCUACACUGCAAUAGGUCAGAGGAUAUCUAUCUGCAACUACUGGAAUGACCCUCACCACAGAGACUUAUACGUGAACAGCAGUGAUUAUUUGGCUCUGCUCAACAGCGAGAGAGCCAAUCCUAAUUCAACAGAGUGGAAGAAGAACUUCCUGAAAAUCAAAAAGCUGGUGUUGAUCGGAGGUCCAGACGAUGGGGUCAUCACUCCCUGGCAGUCGAGUCAGUUUGGAUUUUAUGACGACAAUGAGACUGUUGUUGAGAUGCAGCACCAAGAUUUGUAUUUAAGAGAUGUUUUCGGUCUGAAGACGCUGGCAGCUCGUGGAGAUCUGAUCAUCUGUUCUGUUCCCGGCGUCGAACACGUCUUUUGGCACUCGAAUGAGACGGUGUUCCACGUGUGCAUGGAGAAGUGGCUGGUGUAAAACAAAACUCUUUUACAGCACACACACAUACACAUACACACACACACUUACCUUGCAGUUUUAUAAGCUCUUACCUUCCACCAUGUAUUAAAAUCUGCCUCUACAACCACUGUAAAGUAUCCUCACAAACAUUUGUGGGUGUACUCUUAAGGAUGUAAUCAAAUUUUUUGGAUUACAGUUAGAAAUGAAUUUAACAUCAGUGUUGCCAGCGUUUGUUCUUCCUUGUACUUCCUGUAUGUGGUCUCUUAUGCUCAUCUUAGUAACUAUAAGGUUAAGGUUUUUCGGGGAGUUGGAUAAGAUGAUUGAUACCACUCUCAUGUAUGUGCAGUGCAUGUGAAUCUACAUCCAGUAGCUGGUUAGCUUAGCUUAGCAUAAAGACUGAGGGAAACAGCUAGCCUGGCUCUGUCCAAAGGAAACCAAACCCACCUAACAGCUGUAAAGCUCACUAAUUAACAAGCUUUAUGUUGUUUGUUUAAAUUGCACAAAAUAUGAAGUGUGAAAAGGUUAUGGUGGGUUAUGUGCUGGACUAUUUCUUAGCCGGACACACUUCCUGGAGUCUUGUCAUCACUGUGAGGUUGCCAGGCAACCAGCGAAGACUCCAGGAAGCUAGUGCCAAGAAAUAACCCUAAUAAGGUUACCUGUUUCCCCUUUUUCCCAUCUUUAGACUAAGCUAAGCUAAGCUAACAGCUCAUGUUUAUCGUACGGAUGUGAGAGUGUUAUCAAUCUUUCUUGUCUUACUCUACGCAAUUAAACUUUACUUAAAUAUUAAUUUUUUUAACCGUGCUGCUGUCGGACAAAUCAGGCACGUCACUGUGUGUGUUUGCUGAUAGGAUUUUCUCAGAAAAUAAGUACAAGGCACAAACUGUCAGAAGCAACAAAUAUAAAGGCUUCCAUAGGCUUGUUAAGUUUAACAUUUAAGGAGCACUUCAGCAAUUUAGUAUUGUUUUUCUAUAAAUUAAAGGGACUUGUAAGAGACAGAUUUAAGAAAAAAGGGUCAAAAAUCAAAUGUAGCAAAGGCAGAGAGGCUGAAAUAUCCUGGCUUUUAUUCCCAAAUGAAUGCAACUCAGUUGUACCUUUUUAUUUAACCCUACCUGUCUGACGUUGGCUUUUUUGUUGUUUUUUGUGUCAAGCUGACUAAAAAUUGGUGAAGUGCCCCUUUUAAUAUAUAAAAAAAAAAAGUUUAUUACUUUAAAAUACUGAGUCCACAUACAUACAAUAUCUAUCUGUGUGUGUGUGUGUCUGUGUGUGGUUGGUCAUACAUACCUCAAAACACCACACAACACGAGAGUGCCUGAGCAACGUUCUGUCAUCUUGUCUACAUGUACAGAAUCACUGCCCUGCUCAUCUUACUGUAUGAUGCAGUAAUUUAUAUAUAUCUUUCUACCCUUGCAUUUUUAACCCUGGGGUAGGGGGUUGGGGGGUGGUCAUGUUUUUAGUGUGAAUAUCAUGUUUAUUAUCAUUAUCAUGCAGUGCUUUGCAGCUUUAGUAGAUUAAGCCUUAACUCUUCCCCAUAUGCCUCUGUGUUUCAUGUCCAAUACCGAAGUGCUAUGAUACACUGCCUUUAGUGAAGGUGCUAAAAUGGAUGGAGAGGGGUGGAGAGAGAGAUAAUGGCCAGAGAGUGGCAGUACUAUAUUAGUGUUUACUUGUCUACCAGACUUUUGUAUAUGGCAGUUUGUACCUCCCAUCUCAUUUAGAUAUCUCAGGCGUUUAGCAACCUUCAUGUUUUGUCUGUUUUCUGUCAGAAAAAGGGAUUGAUUUCUCUUAAAUGUUUGGAUUCUAUUGGAUGUUUAUGGUUGCCUGUUGUGCUUAUAUAUGUUUCCUAAAAGAAGAAUGGAAAUAUCUAUUGUGUGAUAAACCAAGAAUGUUAAUUUGAUCAUAGUACGCAUUGCACAAUAUUUAACCAGAUGAAAAGAAGGGAAAUGAUGAGGAUUGGAUGAUUUUAACUGUUUUAAAGUUGUUAGAUUUUUUAGUAUUACUUUUAAUAUUGUUGCAUCCUUUGUUUCAUGUUUACUUGUACAAAUUAGUUGACCUAACUGCAUAAGGUAGGUAUUUAAGGGAUGUCCUCUGCGUUUUCUUGCUUUACAAACAGUAAUUGUGGAUAUGGACAGUUUUUUUUAAACCCAAACAGAACCUACUAUUUUGACACUGUCCUACAAUUUCUACAGUAUUUGGUCUGCCAAUGAAACUGUCAAAUGUUGUCAAUAAAAGAAGGUUUGAACAUC